AUGAUUCCUACUGCACCUACAACGGCACCUGUUGUGCCACCUACCACCGGUCGUGUUUAUACUUCGGAUCGACAGCAGUCGGACAGAGCUCCGAACCUUGUGAGAGGUACCAUUUCUAUUGGUAGUUGUGUCAUAAAUGUAUUGUUUGAUUCCGAGGCGAUGCAUUAUUUUAUCGCGACCCCGAUUGUUGUGGGGCUUAAGUUGCCCAUUGCUGUGUCUUCUCCACCGUUGCGGGUGACUAUCGCCACUGGAGAAAAGUGCGAUACCUCCACUGUACAUCGAGAUGUCGUGUUUCAGUGGGAUGACCGUGAGUUUUCAGUGGAUCUGAUGGGAUUGCCGGUGGCUAAUUUAGAGAUCAUCCUUGGCAUGGAUUGGUUGUUCAAAAGUUAUGUGUGUUGGAUUGUGUGA